AUGGAGCUGGGUCCCGCCGCGUCCCCCGGACCUUCCCGCUCCUUCAAGGAGGAGCUGCUCUGUGCCGUCUGCUACGACCCCUUCCGCGACGCCGUGACUCUGCGCUGCGGCCACAACUUCUGCCGCGGGUGCGUGACCCGCUGCUGGGAGGUGCAGGUGGCGCCCACCUGCCCAGUGUGCAAGGACCGCGCGGCCCUCGCAGACCUGCGCACCAACCACACCCUCAACAACCUGGUGGAGAAGCUGCUGCGCGAGGAAGCCGAGGGCGCGCGCUGGGCGGGCCACCGCUCCCCGCGCCUCUGCCGCCCGCACCGCGGCCAGUUCAGCCUCUUCUGCCUCGACGAUAAGGAGCUGCUGUGCUGCUCGUGCCAGGCCGACCCCCGGCACCAGGGGCACCGCGUGCAGCCAGUGAAAGACACUGCCCACGACUUUCGGGCCAAGUGCAGGAACAUGGAGCACGCUCUGCGGGAGAAAGCCAAGGCCUUCUGGGCCAUGAGGCGAUCCUAUGAGGCCAUUGCGAAGCACAAUCAGGUGGAGGCUGCCUGGCUAGAAGGGCGAAUCCGGCAGGAGUUCGACAAACUUCGUGAGUUCCUGCGAGUGGAGGAGCAAGCCAUCCUGGACACCAUGGCUGAGGAGGCGAGGCAGAAGCAGCGUCUGGUGGAGGAGAAGAUGAAGCGGCUGGCGGAAGACACCGAAGCCCUGGCCCAUGAGAUUGAGCGGCUGCAGGUGGAGAUGAAGGAGGAUGAUGUUUCUUUUCUCAUGAAACACAAAAGCCGAAAACGCCGCCUCUUCUGUACCAUGGAGCCAGAACCGGUCCAGCCCGGCAUGCUCAUCGACAUCUGCAAAUAUCUGGACUCCCUGCAGUACCACGUCUGGCGGAAGAUGGUCACGUCUGUUGAAUCUGUGCCCUUCAGCUUUGAUCCCAACACCGCGGCCGGCUGGCUCUCUGUGUCCGAUGACCUCACCAGCGUCACCAACCAUGGCUACCGAGUGCAGGUGGAGAACCCGGAGCGCUUCUCCUCGGCGCCCUGCCUGCUGGGCUCCCGCGUCUUCUCCCAGGGCUCCCACACCUGGGAGGUGGACCUGGGGGGGCUGCCGAGCUGGCGGGUGGGCGUGGUGCGGCUGCGCCAGGACGCUGGCGCCGAGGGCCACUCGCACAGCUGCUACCAUGACACCCGCUCUGGCUUCUGGUACGUGUGCCGCACGCAGGGGGUGGACGGGGACCACUGCGUGACCUCAGACCCGGCCACGUCACCUCUGGUCCCGGCCAUCCCUCGCCGCCUGCGCGUGGAGCUGGAGUGUGAGGAGGGCGAGCUGUCCUUCUACGACGCCGAGAGCCACUGCCACCUCUACACCUUCCACGCCCAUUUCGGGGAAGUGCGGCCCUACUUCUACUUGGGGGGUGCACGGGGGGACGGGCCCCCCGAGCCUUUGCGCAUCUGCCCCCUGCGCAUCACUGUCAAGGAGGAGCUGGAUGGCUAAGGCCAGCCCGGAGCCUGCCCUGCGCCACCUGGGACUUGGGUCAUGGUCCUGCUUCCUUUGUGUCCCUCUUCUUCAAGCCGUGCUCACCUCAGUACCUCUGAACCGUCCGCCUCCUUGCCAGGAUCUGCCUGCUGACCAGUCCUGUCCUUUUCCUGUGGCUCCAGGCCCCAAGCCACC